AUGGAGGAGGACCAAGAUCCUUCCACGAAUUCACUUCUGAAAGAUGAGUGCUAUACAGAUUUUCUGACGGACGACUUUGACGUGAAGACAUACACUGCGCAGGCUAUCCACCAUGCUGUCAUCACCGAGCAGCUGGCCAGGCUGGCACAGGGCAUCAGUCAGCUGGACAAAGAGCUGCACAGCCAGGUACCUGCCGACCCACCACACCUGCUCACUGGUAACUGCUGUCAUCCAUGGAGCAGCUCUGUUUCCGCCAAGGAAUCUAGAAAGUACUGUUUCCUACUGCACCCAUUCUCUACCAUUUAUACAUCAGUACUUGGAGCAAUACGAAAAAUGAGAAAACCAUAA